UACUGUGGAAUCAAUACGAUUAUCGGUUUCAUGAGCCAAGUCACCUCACUCACAACCGUCACUCACCGUGCACUGGGCCUAUCUGCGGCGUCGGGCCUAGCCCUACGUGUUCUGCGAGGAGCAUCCAUCGCUACCUAGUACCUCCAGCAGUUCUCUGCCGCAGUGCUACCACUGCCCCUUUCACUGGGAUACUGAGCAGAGACUAGACUGGCUUGGAACAUGCACCAGUGGGCUGCAACAUUCUCGGGGCGGGGCCUCCUAAGCAAUUAUCUUUCUUCACAUUUUCAACUCGACCAACAUGAUGGAUAUGUCUAUACAAACGUGCACUCUGCAGAUCUGAUAUCUACUGCGUGGUUGUCUAGUCCUGACAACCUGCAGCACUUUGACACCACAACUUGGCACAAGUCCUGACAACACUACAUUCUAGCACUUUUGAAAGCAGUGCAGUGCAUACCCGCUGCUGCUAGUAUUGGUUUACUCUCCUCCCAUCGCGUAUCGUGGUCUUGUACUUAGGAGGGCACUAGGGGAUCUAGCCCUCACAUGCCACCCUGAAAGCAGAGCAGUAAUCUUGUGAUGGUCAUUGCGCGUUCACACUGUACUGCCCGGCUUGGAGUUAGACAUCUGCAACUCGUCACGUGCCACUCUCAUUAUAAGAAUGUAUGGGGUCAAAAAGUUGCUAUGCCGCUUUUAUCGCGUUCCCAUUACACGCAUGACUUCUCCGUGCCUACUCACAGUACAUGUACAGUACAUGUACUGUAACAGCUCUUGUAGAGGACUGUGUCAGAACAUUGUAAUUUGUAUCGACACGAAUAGUUUCGUCUCUCUGAGUUUUGUGAACGCUCCAGCACAUUCACAGGUGUUCGUAUGCGCGGCGAUUCGAGUGAAAACAGAAUAGCGCGAAACCAGUGAGGUGCGAUGUGUGGAUCAUGGAGUCAGCGUGUGGUGUACAUGAACCGCGCUGAUGCAGCGCAUGACUUUGAGUACCAAGGUCCUAGUGGCAUGCCGGAUUGCAUGACGGAUCUCAUGCGAAAGGCCGUUCUACCCACUAAUUUCGUCGAACGCUACGUGGAGAUCUUCCGGCAGCAAGGCAUUGACGAGGCAUUACUCUCCGAUCUACCCUUCACGGACAUGCAAACACUGUUUGUCAACAUCGGAAUCAGCCGAGCUGGCGACCGGAUAAAACUCUUCCGUUGCUUCAAUCCCGUGACCCAGCAGAACAGCAUGUGCUCUCGCAAGCAGUGUGAGAACGGUGGACUGUGUCGCUACAAUGUGGACACGAAACACUUCACGUGCAGUUGUCCGGGUGACUUCUGGCCACCGUUCUGCAAGACCAAAAAGGUGCGUGAUAUGGCAGUAGUGGUACGAGAGCUGAGUGAGGAUGUGCACAAGCUGAAAAGUAUUAUUUCAAAGAUUGGUACGACGUACAACAGAUGGGGAUCAACGGCGUGCCCAGCCGGAUCCGAACUGACGUACGUGGGCUUCAUGGCCGGGUCGUACUACUCGCACGCUGGCGGCGGAGCAAACUACCUGUGCCUGCCAUUCCAGCCUCUCUACGACCGUUUCAACAGCGGCGUGCAGAAGCUGGGCCAGAUUGCCGGCACGGAGUAUGAGUUCACCAGCAACUCCGGCCAGUCAACGUCACCCCUGCAGGAUAGAAACGUGCCGUGCUCGGUAUGCUACGCCACCGGCAGAACAACGACGUUGAUGGUUCCUGCGAGAAACGACUGUCCACCCAAGUGGGUGGUUGAGUACACCGGGUACCUGAUGACGGCGCAUCACUCCUCCGGCAACAACCACCGCAGCGAGUACGUCUGCGUUGACGAUCAUUUCGAAACGCUUCCCGGUUACCAUGGAAACACUGACGGCGCUCACCUCUGGCCAGUGGAGGCGGGCUGCGGCAUUGGGCUCGACUGUCCGCCGUAUCAUGCCGAAAAGGAGCUGACAUGUGCGGUAUGCACACGCCAGUAGAGAAUGAACCGUUAUCCCUUCACUGCAUGAUCUGUGUUGAGUCAUUGUAGGUGCACUCGUGUCAUUUGAUUGUGAAACUUCAUCCCUGAUGAACUUGUCUUGUGCUUCUUAUAAAAAUAGAUACGUCAGACAUACAAACCACAGAACCUUGAGGAAGACCAAAAUUACUUAGCAGAGUAGAAUAUUUUAUCAACACAAAAACGCUUAACCCCACUGCUGAGUGCUCUUGGGACCCGUGAAAAGCCAUUGAUCAUGCUGCUAGUUGCUCCAAGCCACUUUUCCUAUGUCCAACAUGAUGCCUUUUGCAAAUAUUGUUGAUUUACCAAUUGCAAGCCUGCAGCCAAGUUUCGUCAUGUGAGUUCACACACACACACACACACACACACACACACACACACACACACACACACACACACACACACACAAACACACACACACACGUGCGCACACACAUGCACACACACACACACGCACACACACGCAUUAUGCUUUGUUAUUUGAGGCACUCAGACCAGGGAGUUGUAUACAGCAUUCUCUCUUUGCAAGCCGUCGCUGCCAUUUCGAACUUGAUUUUAUGAACACCUCACGUGCACGUGAGGGUAUUAUUUGCCUCCAUGUACAGCCUUGGACUCUAUUAAACCAGAAGUACAUGUACGAAAGCAAAUACACUGAACAGAACUAUGAUGGAAAACUAUCAGAUAAUAUCGAAA